GAGCUUGCAGCUUGAGCUACGUUCUAACCGGUUGGCUCCGGACCCUGCCGUGAAAAUUUUUCGAUUUUAGCGUACCUUUUCAGUGAUUAUCGCUGUAGUUUUUUGAUAUGGCUUCAAGUCUAUGAGUUGUUACUUUUGUGUGAUUAACUAACUAAAUAAGUGAUGGCCUCUGAUGAAGACAAAGAAGAGUCUUAUACCGCCGAAGAUGGUGAGGAGGUUGAGGAGAAUCAAGAUGCCUCAGCAGCAGGUUCUGAAGCUGAAGAAAAACAAGUAGAAGAAGAUGAUGAUGAUUUUGAGCCGGAAGAUAGUAAGAAACGCAAGAAAGGCAAGAAGCGAAAAGCUCGCAGUGAAGGCAAACGUGAGAAAAAGCGCAAAAAGAAGAAGAAAGGAGGCAGUGAAGAUGAAAGUGACUUUGGCCUCGAGGAUGAUGGUGCAGGAAGAACCAGCACUGGCGGAAAUGAUUCAGACUACAGUGGACGUAAGUCUCGUAAAUCCAAAGGCAGUAGCAGUAAACAUGCAACACCGACAGUCUCUCAAAAUGUUGAUUCAGGAAUGCCAUCAGUUGAAGAUGUUUGUGAAAAAUUCGGCCUAACAGAUGUCAGGAUCGAUUAUACAGAUUCGGAUUUCCAAAAUCUUACAACUUACAAACUUUUUCAACAGCAUAUUAGGCCUAUUUUAGCAGAAGAGAAUCCAAAGGUCCCAACUGGCAAAAUGAUGAUGCUGGUUGCUGCAAAAUGGCGAGAUUUCUCCAACAUCAAUCCACACCUGCAAGAUCAGCAGCAAGAAUCAGAAGUCAAUGAAGAACCUGAUUACACACCGAAAUCCAGUAGAUCUCGAUCAAAGUCGGCUGUUCAGUCUGAGGACAAUGCAGAUGGUGACGAAGAAGAUGAAGAACUGGAGGAGAAAUCCAAAAGGAAAAGAGGUCGAGGCAGUAAGAAAGGUGGUAGGAAGAGUGGAACUCCUGCCUCCAACACCAAAGUUCCUACUCUUAAAAUUAAACUCGGGAAGCGCAAGCAAAAUAGUUCCGAUGAAGAAGGUGACGGUGGUGCAGCUGCUGGUUCAGACAGAGAUUCUGAUGCUGAAUUUGAGCAAAUGCUGCAGGAAGCAGAAGAAACAGAAGUCACCAAAGAUGAUGAAGAAACUCCGAAAAAGAAGGCUAAAACCAAGAUAGGGAGUAAGUCCAAAAAGAAGAAGAAGACAAAAACUACAUCCAAAUUUCCAGCUGGAGAGGGAGAGGAUGGUUAUGAGACGGACCAUCAAGAUUAUUGUGAAGUCUGCCAACAAGGUGGAGAAAUUAUUCUUUGUGAUACAUGUCCAAGGGCUUAUCACCUGGUGUGUUUGGACCCUGAACUAGAGGAUACUCCUGAAGGCAAAUGGUCCUGUCCACAUUGUGAAGGAGAAGGAGCCCAAGAGCAAGACGAUGAUCAACAUCAAGAGUUUUGCAGAGUCUGCAAGGAUGGUGGUGAGUUAUUGUGCUGUGAUUCAUGUCCCUCCGCAUAUCAUACAUUCUGUCUCAGUCCUCCACUUCAAGACAUUCCAGACGGAGAUUGGAAGUGCCCUCGCUGCUCGGCCAAGCCGCUGCCUGGUAAAGUAGCGAAAAUCCUCACCUGGCGCUGGUGUAAGCAAGAAGAUCCUCCUGAAGAGAAACCAGCUGAAGAUGGGAAACCAGCAAAGAAGACGAGAAAACCACCACGGCAAAGGGAAUUCUUUGUCAAGUGGCACGAGAAAUCAUACUGGAAGUGUGAUUGGCUCUCUGAACUACAGAUGGAAGUUUUUAAUCCACAAAUGACUCGGCUGUAUUUCCGAAAAUAUGACAUGGAUGAACCACCGAAACUUGAGGAGCCUCUUGAUGAAAUGGAUAAUCGGAUGAAGAGGAUAAGAAACCAAGGAGCAACCGAAGAAAACGAUCAGAAUUUGGAAGAGAAAUAUUAUAGGUAUGGUGUCAAACCAGAAUGGCUCAUCGUACACAGGGUUAUUAACCACCGUACAAUGCGUGAUGGCCGCACUCUAUACUUAGUCAAAUGGCGUGACCUUUCGUAUGAUCAAGCUACUUGGGAAGAAGAAGACGAUGAGAUCACUGGCUUAAAAAGCGCCAUUGAAUAUUACUUGGACCUACGGGCUAACUAUAACAAUGAUAGCAAACGGAAUAAAAAGGGUAAAAGUAAGAAAACCAAGACUAAAGAACUUCAAGAAGAAAAUGGAAUCGAUGGCAAAUCUCCGCGUAGGUAUACUCCACCUCCAGAGAAGCCUAUUUCUGACUUGAAGAAAAAGUAUGAGAAGCAGCCAGAUUUCAUCUCUGAGACCGGAAUGGCACUUCAUCCCUACCAGCUGGAAGGUCUUAACUGGUUGCGGUAUUCUUGGGGUCAAGGCAUUGACACAAUUCUGGCCGAUGAGAUGGGUCUCGGCAAGACCAUUCAGACAAUCACUUUCCUGUAUUCUCUGUACAAAGAAGGACAUUGUAAAGGGCCAUUUUUGGUCAGUGCUCCACUCUCCACAAUUAUCAAUUGGGAACGUGAAUUUGAAACUUGGGCUCCUGACUUUUACUGUGUAACUUACGUUGGAGACAAGGAUUCUCGAUUGGUCAUCCGCGAACACGAGAUUGCUUUUGAUGAAAAUGCUACUCGCGGAGGCAGAGCCACAAAAAUUCGUUCCAGUAACGUUAAAUUUAAUGUUUUGCUCACUAGUUAUGAAUUGAUCUCCAUUGAUGUUGCUUUACUUGGCUCCAUUGAGUGGGCUGUUUUAGUUGUAGAUGAAGCUCAUCGUUUAAAAAGUAAUCAGUCUAAGUUUUUCAAACUCUUGUCUGGUUACAAUAUCAACUACAAAUUGCUAUUGACGGGUACACCGCUCCAAAAUAACCUGGAGGAACUGUUCCAUCUUCUGAACUUUUUGACACCUCACAAAUUCAAUGAUCUUGCUGCCUUCCAAAACGAAUUCGCAGAUAUCUCAAAAGAGGAACAAGUUAAGAGGCUUCAUGAGAUGCUUGGGCCUCAUAUGUUGAGAAGAUUGAAAGCAGACGUACUCAAGAAUAUGCCUUCAAAAUCAGAAUUCAUUGUUCGAGUGGAACUGUCUCCAAUGCAGAAGAAAUAUUACAAAUACAUUCUAACGAGGAAUUAUGAAGCUUUGAAUCCAAAAGGAGGAGGUCAGCAAGUUUCUCUGUUGAACAUCAUGAUGGAUCUGAAGAAGUGUUGUAAUCAUCCAUAUUUAUUCCCCGCUGCUGCACAAGAAGCUCCCUCUGGACCUAACGGUGCUUAUGAAAUCCAGGCUCUAACCAAAGCUGCAGGAAAACUUGUACUUCUGCAGAAAAUGUUGAAAAAGUUGCGAGAUGAAGGUCACAGGGUUCUGAUUUUCUCUCAAAUGACGAAAAUGCUUGAUUUGCUAGAGGAUUUCCUCGAAGGCGAAGGCUACAAGUAUGAGAGAAUUGAUGGGGCCAUCACAGGUUCCCUGCGUCAGGAAGCUAUUGAUCGAUUUAACGCUCCAGGAGCCCCCCAGUUCGUCUUUCUUUUGUCAACCAGAGCUGGAGGUCUGGGAAUCAACUUGGCCACUGCCGACACAGUCAUUAUCUAUGACUCAGAUUGGAACCCUCACAAUGAUAUCCAAGCUUUCUCUCGUGCUCAUCGUAUUGGUCAAGCCAACAAAGUCAUGAUCUACCGUUUUGUCACUCGUAACUCUGUUGAAGAACGAGUCACACAAGUUGCCAAGAGGAAAAUGAUGCUAACCCAUUUAGUCGUACGACCAGGAAUGGGAGGAAAACAAACAAAUUUCACUAAACAGGAAUUAGAUGACAUAUUGAGGUUCGGAACUGAGGAACUAUUCAAAGAAGAAGAAGGCAAAACAGAAGAAGCCAUUCAUUAUGAUGACAGAGCUGUGGAAGAAUUGCUAGAUAGAUCAAAAAUGGGUAUCGAACAGAAAGAAAAUUGGUCUAAUGAAUAUUUGUCCUCCUUCAAAGUUGCCAGCUAUGUAACUAAGGAAGAAGAAGAGGAAGAGGAAGAAGUUGGUACAGAAGUCAUCAAACAAGAAGCAGAAAACACAGACCCUGCAUAUUGGGUGAAGCUUCUGAGACAUCACUACGAACAGCAGCAAGAAGACAUUUCCAGAACCCUUGGCAAAGGCAAACGAGUGCGCAAACAAGUCAAUUACAAUGAUGGAGGGGCUGCUGAUACUCGCGAAGAUAACACCUGGCAAGAGAAUCUCUCCGAUUACAAUUCAGACUUCUCAGCUCCAUCAGAUGAAGACAGAGAUGAUGAUGACUUUGAUGAAAAGAACGAUGCGGAAGGAGGUAGAAGAGCAAAACGUCGCCCAGAUCAAAAGUCUGAAAGAGAUAGACCUCUUCCUCCAUUACUGGCUCGUGUAGGCGGUAAUAUUGAGGUUCUUGGAUUUAACGCAAGACAGCGUAAAGCCUUCCUUAAUGCAAUCAUGAGGUUUGGUAUGCCUCCCCAAGAUGCAUUCAAUUCACAGUGGCUUGUCAGAGACUUGCGGGGAAAGUCAGAGAAGAAUUUCAAGGCUUAUGUUUCUUUAUUCAUGCGUCAUCUAUGCGAGCCUGGUGCCGACAAUGCUGAAAACUUUGCAGAUGGUGUACCUCGUGAAGGAUUGAGCAGACAGCAUGUCCUUACAAGGAUAGGAGUUAUGUCUCUAAUUAGAAAAAAGGUUCAGGAAUUUGAGCACAUCAACGGAUAUUACAGUAUUCCAGAAUUGAUCCGAAAGCCAACAGAAGCAGCUAAGGUUGAAGCUGCCAAAGCUGAAGCCGCUAAAUUAGAAGCCGCAAAAACCGAGGACGAUAAGAGCGCCCCAGCAAAAACUACAGAACCAUCAAAGGAUGUAACAGAGGAAGAAACUAAACCAUCGCAAGGAGAGACUGGAGAAGAAGAGAAAGAAAAGCCAAAAGAAGACGGUGAAAGCAAAGAUGAAGCUACGUCGGAUGUCAAGAAAGAGGCUGAUGAUACAGCGGUUGAAAAGGUGAAAACAGAGGAGAAAGAAGAAACAACUGUAACCCAAACUGUCACUGAAACUACUACUACUGAAGUAUCCACCGAAGUCAAAGACGAACCCAAGGAGGAAAAAAUGGAGGUGGAUGAAACGGAGAAGAAGGAAGAGAAAGUAGAAGACGAGAAAAAAGAGGAGGAAGUUAAAGAAGAAACAGUGAAAGAAACUGAGAAAUCCGAAGAAAAGAAGGAAGACAAGGAAGUAGUUUUAGAAAAAGAUGAAGAACCGACAAAAGAUAAAGAGGAAAAGAAAGUUGAAGAAGCCUCAGAAGAUGUAGUCAAAACAGAAACGAAAGAGCCGUCCGCUGCUCCUCCUCAAGAAGUCAAGAUUGUCGAGGUAAGUUCUGCUUUCUCCUCUCUCUGUAGGAAUACUCAGAUUCCAUUCACUCAAGUGCUGGAGGAAGAAGUUGGUACAGAAGUCAUCAAACAAGAAGCAGAAAACACAGACCCUGCAUAUUGGGUGAAGCUUCUGAGACAUCACUACGAACAGCAGCAAGAAGACAUUUCCAGAACCCUCGGCAAAGGCAAACGAGUGCGCAAACAAGUCAAUUACAAUGAUGGAGGGGCUGCCGAUACUCGCGAAGAUAACACCUGGCAAGAGAAUCUCUCCGAUUACAAUUCAGACUUCUCAGCUCCAUCAGAUGAAGAUAGAGAUGAUGAUGACUUUGAUGAAAAGAACGAUGCGGAAGGAGGUAGAAGAGCAAAACGUCGCCCAGAUCAGAAGUCUGAAAGAGAUAGACCUCUUCCUCCAUUACUGGCUCGUGUAGGCGGUAAUAUCGAGGUUCUUGGAUUUAACGCAAGACAGCGUAAAGCCUUCCUUAAUGCAAUUAUGAGGUUUGGUAUGCCUCCCCAAGAUGCAUUCAAUUCACAGUGGCUUGUCAGAGACUUGCGGGGAAAGUCAGAGAAGAAUUUCAAGGCUUAUGUUUCUUUAUUCAUGCGUCAUCUAUGCGAGCCUGGUGCCGACAAUGCUGAAAACUUUGCAGAUGGUGUACCUCGUGAAGGAUUGAGCAGACAGCAUGUCCUUACAAGGAUAGGAGUUAUGUCUCUAAUUAGAAAAAAGGUUCAGGAAUUUGAGCACAUCAACGGAUAUUACAGUAUUCCAGAAUUGAUCCGAAAGCCAACAGAAGCAGCUAAGGUUGAAGCUGCCAAAGCUGAAGCCGCUAAAUUAGAAGCCGCAAAAACCGAGGACGAUAAGAGCGCCCCAGCAAAAACUACAGAACCAUCAAAGGAUGUAACAGAGGAAGAAACUAAACCAUCGCAAGGAGAGACUGGAGAAGAAGAGAAAGAAAAGCCAAAAGAAGACGGUGAAAGCAAAGAUGAAGCUACGUCGGAUGUCAAGAAAGAGGCUGAUGAUACAGCGGUUGAAAAGGUGAAAACAGAGGAGAAAGAAGAAACAACUGUAACCCAAACUGUCACUGAAACUACUACUACUGAAGUAUCCACCGAAGUCAAAGACGAACCCAAGGAGGAAAAAAUGGAGGUGGAUGAAACGGAGAAGAAGGAAGAGAAAGUAGAAGACGAGAAAAAAGAGGAGGAAGUUAAAGAAGAAACAGUGAAAGAAACUGAGAAAUCCGAAGAAAAGAAGGAAGACAAGGAAGUAGUUUUAGAAAAAGAUGAAGAACCGACAAAAGAUAAAGAGGAAAAGAAAGUUGAAGAAGCCUCAGAAGAUGUAGUCAAAACAGAAACGAAAGAGCCGUCCGCUGCUCCUCCUCAAGAAGUCAAGAUUGUCGAGGAAAAGAAAGUUCUGAAAGAUGGCCUACCCCCACUCACUGAAGAGGAAAAGCAAAAACGAAUAGCAGAAAGUGAGAAAGCAAUGGCUGCUGCAGGAAUUGGUCUGGAUGAGGAAUUAGAUCGAACAAAACGAAGAUUUAUGUUCAAUAUUGCUGAUGGUGGUUUCACGGAAUUGCACACAUUGUGGCUGAAUGAAGAAAAAGCAGCAGUCCCAGGGCGAGAGUAUGAAAUAUGGCAUCGCCGGCAUGACUAUUGGCUCCUAGCUGGCAUCGUUACCCAUGGCUACGGUCGCUGGCAAGACAUUCAAAAUGAUAUUCGAUUUGCCAUCAUUAACGAACCCUUCAAAAUGGAUGUAGGGAAAGGAAACUUCCUUGAAAUAAAGAAUAAAUUUUUAGCUCGAAGGUUCAAAUUGCUCGAGCAAGCUCUUGUGAUAGAAGAACAGUUACGUCGUGCUGCAUACCUCAAUCUGACGCAAGAUCCAAAUCAUCCUGCCAUGUCUCUCAACGCAAGAUUUGCAGAGGUUGAGUGUCUUGCUGAGUCACAUCAACAUCUGUCGAAAGAAAGUCUCGCUGGAAAUAAACCUGCAAAUGCUGUUUUACACAAGGUGUUAAAUCAGUUGGAAGAAUUAUUAUCAGAUAUGAAGUCAGAUGUAAGUAGGCUACCUGCUACGUUAGCCAGGAUUCCCCCUGUUGCUCAACGGCUUCAGAUGUCAGAACGAUCAAUUUUAUCUCGCUUAGCUGCUACAACGUCUUCAUCCACUCCCACAACCCCAACAAGCUCACAGCAGCCAGGUGAUGUUGGCAGCCAAUUCCCUGUCGGUUUCCAAGCAGCUCAAUUGCCAGGAGCUUAUGCCAAUGCUAACUUCAGUCAUUUCCGACCGCAAUACAGCGUACCUGGUCAAACAACUACAUCGCAACAGUGAACCCACAAUUUGUUUUCUAGAGAUCCUCACAUCCUAUGAGCCAGCCAGUUUUUAUUUUUUCAUCACCUUUUAAAUUUCUGAGAUUUCUAAAAUUUUCGUCCUGGAAUAAUUCCAUCUUUAUUUCUCCUGUAUUUUUUCCCUAGUUAAAGGUGCACAGAAUUUCCUCUCUACUUCUCUCUCCUAUUAAGAAAUAAUAUUUUAGCAAAUAUUGUACAGAUGUUUCGUCAAACCCAAUAAUGAACUUUACUGUUUCAUUGCAGUUGUAAAUAUUAUUAGAGCUAGGCUUGAACAUUUUUUAGUAUAGAUAUUUGUUCUCUCUACUCAUUGAGUUUUGGUCUGAUGGUGGAUUUUGUUUUUAUUUCUGGACUUUUGGCUUGUUAGCUUUUAUGUAUUGCAUCAAUAUUUUUCAUCCUGUAAUAAUUUUGUUGAACAGGUAGGGUUAAAUGGUUUUCUCAUUGAAUUGCCUAUGGAUCGCCCACUUAUUUUACCUAUUAUAAAUAAUGAGUCAGUUGAUUCAAUUUCUCAAUGCAUCUUUUAAAAGUAAUUUGUGAAUGAAGCUCAUGCUUAUCUCCCCAAAUUUGUCUUGAUAAAAGCAACAAGAGGAAAAAUUAAUUCUAAAAUUCAUAAAAUUCGGGUAGCUAGAAGGGGUCUGAGUUACUCGCUGAGGUAUACGGCAAGUUACAUUAAGUGAGCAAAAUAGUGGUGGAAUCUGCAGUGAAAGAAUACUGGGCAACACAGUAGUGUUUUACCCAUCAAAGUAACAUGUAAAGUUGAGGGGUGCAGUCUCAAGUUAAGUGCUACCGCUGCCACCUGGCAAACAGGACCUAAUUUGCCGGACUCAAAAGCCUGCUCAAGUGGUUUUAUUCAGAUGCUUUUGGGACAAUGUGGCACAAACAACCUCUGUGCCUCUGCAGGGACAAAGUAUUUAACAUGCGCAUCAUUCUCAUGCCCUAAACUUUAACUAACACCUGUUUGCAAGCCAAUUUUUGGUAGGCAAUUUUAUUUGUUUUAGUGUGUUCAAAUUUUGAAAUUUAAAAGUUAGAACUUUGUAAGGAUCCCUUUAUCUGUAUGCUAUCACUUGCAUAUUAUUUAUCCUAGAUAAGAACUUCUGUCGACCCCUUCCCCCGUUCCAACUGCAAUUAACAUGUGAAAUCAUCAAUAUUGACUGUCACACAAAUGUAAUUUAGUCCUAAGAUAAAUGUGGUUUUUCCAACUCUCAUUUUUGUAUAACAUUUGUCUUUGUGUUGAUUUCUCUACACCCUUUAUUAUUAUAAUAAGUAUUGUUUUUCUUACCUAAGUCGAAAUAAAUCGGGCAUUCUCCCUAUUAUCUGACCUUUCAGUGAAUUUCAGUGUUUUAGAUUCAAAGAAAAUAUUGUAUGUAUCUUUACUUACGUGCACAGGUUAAACUUCAUGUUCUCUUUCUCCAUUUUUUAUCAUGAAUGAAUUUCUCUCGUAUCUUUAUGUGUAAUUAUUUUAAUAAACCACAUUUUUCUCAUGA